UCGGUAAGGAGAGGGACUCGCUACACUUUUGUACUUUCGCAAGAAAAUUUGUAUUAAACUUUUUGGGUGACACACGUGGCUGUCGAAACUUUUUACCCUCGGGAAUCGGAGCAUCUCUUCUCCACUCGUGAUAACCUCCUUCGCUUCAUCAUCGCGCGCAUGACUGAGGCGGCUGUCAUGCUUUAAGUGUUUCAAACUGAAGAAGCGGCGUGGGACUUGAGGUUUCGGUCCGCGUGAGUGGGAACAUGCAACGGCAGCACAUCAGACGACACAAUAAUCUGAGGCUCCUGCUCCUGUGCCUCUCUGUCGCCAUCCUGGUCUCAGGAGCACACGCAGGUGGGAAGAAGCACAGUGGCCCCUGCGGAGGAAGAGACUGCAGCGGAGGAUGUAAAUGCUUCCCAGAAAAGGGUGCCAGGGGUCAGCCUGGACUUCUUGGUCCUCAGGGCCCAAAGGGGGCCACAGGGCGGCCAGGGGAUCCAGGCAUCCAAGGAUCAAAGGGGCAGAAAGGUGACCCAGGGCAUCCAGGCAUCAUAGGUGUUAAAGGCAACGUGGGAAUGACCGGUGUACCUGGUUUCUCUGGGAAUGAUGGCAUUCCUGGCCACCCGGGACUCGCUGGGCCCAGAGGAAAGCCAGGAGCUGAUGGCUGUAAUGGGACCAAAGGGGAACAAGGGUCCCCAGGGAUAUCUGGCUAUGAUGGCCGAGCUGGAUUUCCUGGACAAGCAGGAAGGAAGGGUGAGAAAGGAGAAACUCUGGACAUCAGUGUGUACAUGCAGCGUUUCAGGGGAGAUCCAGGCACACCAGGAGCCAACGGAAUAUUUGGACCUCCUGGAGAGCAAGGAUGGGAAGGUAGCAUAGGCCCAUUUGGACCAAAGGGCCCUCCGGGUCUUCCAGGUCCCCGCGGACAAAAGGGCACUAUGACCAAAGUGUUAAAGGGGGUCAAAGGAGAGCAAGGUGACAUCGGACCACAAGGGCUGCCAGGAAACCAUACAACACAGCAACGUCGGCCUCCCUAUGGACCUCUUGGAGAAAGGGGUAUAAAAGGAGAUAAAGGAGAUAUGAUCAUUCACCCAGACCAUAAAGGAGAAACUGGUGUUAUGGGAUUCUCUGGAUCACGGGGUGAAAGUGGCAUAGAUGGAAGUCCUGGACCAAGAGGCGAUUUAGGUGAAAUAGGACCAAAUGGCAGACAUGGCCCUAAGGGAGUCAGAGGUGAACCAGGAGAACUGAUUUCAUCAGGAUCCCUUUGGACCUGGUCUUCUUCUGGCCCCCCUGGACCUCCUGGUGAGCCAGGUCCACAGGGAGAGAGGGGCCCUGUUGGAGAAAAAGGCUUCUAUGGACCCCCUGGACGUCCUGCAAUUGAAACACAGCAGCAAGUGUGGGAAUUCUUCAGCCCGUUUGGUUUUAAGGGAGAGCAAGGAGAGAAGGGACAACAAGGAGAACCAGGACGACGUGCUAUCAUUGCUGGACCCCCAGGUCCUGACGGACGUCCAGGAGAACGCGGCCCUCCGGGACCCAAAGGGACAUGGGAGGAGUACUUUAAAGGACCUCCAGGAUUGAGGGGAAGGCCGGGCAGUGCAGGCAUCAAAGGAAUGAAAGGUGAUCAUGGGGAAUGUGAAUGCAGUGUUCAGGGUCCCACACCUGAUAUGCCUGGCCCUGCUGGUGAUCGGGGUGAUCCCGGGAUGAUCGGCGAGUUUGGCUAUGACGGUGAUGUAGGAGACCCAGGUCCCAAAGGACAAGACGGAUUCCCUGGACCCCCUGGUCUGACUGGUGCUCCUGGUCCAAAAGGUCGUAAAGGAAACACAAGUGUUCCUAAAGAGAAAGGAUACCCUGGUGUUCCAGGUGAUCCAGGAAGAGAUGGUGAGACAGGACGAUCAGGUGGUCCAGGCCCAAAUGGUCUUCCUGGACUUCCUGGCAGUCACGGACCUUCAGGUGAAGGACCCUGGGGAGAACGCGGAGACAAAGGUUUUUCAGGACCACCUGGUGGACCUGGUCCAGCUGGACUGAGCGGAUUACCAGGUCAAGGAUUCCCAGGCAUCAAAGGACAGCCGGGUUUACCUGGAGACGACGGCCUCACUGGCUAUACCGGAGUUCAAGGAACACCUGGAAGUCCAGGCGGCUGUAGUCCGACAGGAUAUGGAGGACAGGUGGAUGUAACAGGCCCAUGUGAACCUGUUCCAGGACCUCCUGGUUUGCCUGGAGUUCCAGGAGCUAUAGGAUUUCCAGGUUUACCAGGACCCCUUGGUAUUAAAGGACAACAGGGUUUUCUUGGAGUCAUUGGAGAGAAAGGAGAACAAGGCGAGCGAGGCACAGGUGGCAGACCUGGACCACCAGGUUUUCCUGGUCCCCGUGGAGAUUUUGGGGUUUCUGGCCAGAAAGGUUUAGUCGGGAACCCUGGUUUUGCUGGUAUGCCUGGUCGAUACGGUCUAAAGGGUGAAAAGGGUUCUCAUGGUCAAAUAAUGGGAGCUUCGCCUGGACCAUCAGGUGUCCCAGGUCAACCAGGACUUCUAGGAGAGAAAGGCCUGCCAGGAGACCAAGGGGUGCCAGGCUAUGCGGGAAUGGUGGGCAUGCCCGGUAUGAUUGGUUUUAAGGGUGAAAAAGGACCUUCAGGCUUGUCAGGCGAGGAGGGAAGACCUGGGCCAGCAGGGAAGUCUGGCUUUCCUGGUAAUCCUGGUAGAACAGGCUCACCUGGACCACGUGGUGCAACUGGAGAGCCAGGAAUCACAGGUAACAGGGGAGCUGAAGGAGACCCAGGUCCUCCAGGUCCAAUUGGGCUGAAAGGGUUACCAGGUGAAUAUGGAAAUGAUGGCACCUUCGGAGAGUAUGGCACACCAGGUAACCCAGGACAGCCAGGUGCAGGUGGACGCCCAGGACUCUCAGGAAUGAAGGGAUACAAAGGGUCUCCUGGCAUGUCAGGUUUUGAAGGGAUCAGGGGUGAUUUCGGGUUUAGGGGUGAUGGAGGGCUGAAAGGACAACCUGGAAUCCCUGGACAAGUUGGCCUAAAAGGAGUAACUGGACAAAGUGGAGUGAAAGGUGAUCGUGGUCUGGUAGGGCCACCUGGGGAGAAGCCCAAGAUCCCUGCUAGUAUAGUUGUUGACAUGAAGGGACUCAAGGGAGACACUGGGCAUCAAGGAAAUCCCGGUUUCACUGGGCCAAGAGGCCCCAAAGGUUUCCCUGGUGUGCCAGGUUUCGAGGGGUCUCAUGGUCUUCCUGGAGAUCCAAGCAAUGAGAAAGGUAAAUACGGAGAUUCGGGUGCACAGGGGUUGCCAGGAUUCAAAGGAAUGCCAGGACCAACAGGAAAUCGAGGCAUCUUGGGCUUCGAUGGAAUGACUGGCAACAGGGGAAUCAAAGGAAGCCCUGGUGCUUAUGGUGCAACUGGUGAUGGAGGAAGGAGGGGAACUAAAGGUGAGACUGGUGAUCGCGUCGACCUUCCAGGACCUCCUGGAUUAAGAGGAGAGGUUGGAUUACCAGGAGAAUCAGGUCAGAAAGGAUUAAAUGGAACUUUUGGAGACAGAGGUGUUCCUGGUUUUGAUGGUAUUCAGGGGAAAAAAGGAGUGCCCGGUGACUCAGGAAUACAAGGAGUUCCAGGCUAUGAUGGGCAGACAGGAGCUCCUGGUAACCAGGGUCAAAAGGGCUUUCCAGGGCCUCCUGGAAAAGAUGGACAACCAGGCUUUCCUGGCUUCCCAGGAACUAAAGGUUAUUCUGGCCUGAAGGGUCUCUAUGGAUUAAAUGGACUGAAGGGACAAAAGGGUAUCCAAGGAACACCAGGUCUGGACAUUGUUGGACCAGCUGGAGAGCCGGGUAUUAAAGGACAAAGAGGAGAGAUUGGCAACCCCAACAACCAACCAGGUUUUCCAGGCACAGCGGGUUUGAAAGGCUUCCAGGGGCCUCUUGGUGACUUUGGCCAUCCUGGACUGCCUGGAUUACGUGGACUUGUUGGAGUUGAUGGGACUCCAGACACUCCCGGACCCACUGGGGAUCCCGGCUUUUCAGGACCUACAGGUCACCAAGGCUUUCCUGGAGACAGAGGAUUUCCUGGUUUGCAUGCUCCUCCAGGAGAAAAGGGUGUAGAAGGAAUAAGGGGAUUUCCUGGGUUCCCUGGUACUAAAGGAUUUAGAGGUGAUCCAGGUCCAACUGGACACAGGGGGCCUAAUGGCAUCUUUGGGAAGAAAGGAGGGAAAGGGGAGCAAGGACUAAUGGGAGUUCCAGGCCUGCUUGGUUCAAAGGGAGAAAGAGGACCAAAGGGUCCAAAAGGAAUCACUGGACACCCAGGUUCUCAUGGGCUUCGGGGCAACCCUGGUCCUCUUCCAAUCCCUAUUAAAGUUCCAGGAGAGAGAGGUCCUCCAGGACCACACGGUAUCCACGGACCAAAGGGGGUCAGAGGAGAAGCAGGACCUCAAGGCCCACCUGGAGAUGCAGGCUUUAUGGGACCUGCUGGACAGAAGGGCAUGCCUGGGAUAAGCGGUACCCCAGGAACGCCUGGAUUCCGUGGAGAGCAGGGACAAAUGGGCCACACUGGUCUGCAAGGCAUGGAAGGCCAUCGUGGCAAUCCUGGUAUCCCUGGGUUACCUGGUAUGGCUGGCCGCAGCGUCAGCGUGGGCUACUUGCUGGUGAAACACAGCCAGUCAGAUCACACACCCAUGUGCCCCGUGGGAAUGUCUAAACUGUGGGAUGGCUACAGCCUGCUGUACUUCGAAGGCCAGGAAAAGGCCCACAACCAGGACCUCGGUUUGGCUGGCUCCUGCCUCCCGAGGUUCAACACCAUGCCCUUCCUGUACUGUAACCCUGGGGAUAUUUGUUACUAUGCCAGCAGAAAUGACAAGUCCUACUGGCUGGCAACAACUGCCCCUCUUCCAAUGAUGCCUGUAGAAGAAGAAGAGAUCAAACCGUACAUAAGUCGCUGCUCAGUGUGUGAAGCCCCGUCAGUUGCCAUCGCAGUCCACAGUCAGGAUAUCACCAUCCCACAGUGUCCUGCAGGCUGGCGCAGCCUGUGGAUCGGAUAUUCCUUCCUCAUGCACACAGCAUCGGGGAACGAAGGUGGAGGUCAGUCAUUGUCAUCGCCUGGCUCUUGCUUGGAGGACUUCCGCACAGCACCAUUCGUCGAAUGUAAUGGGGCCAAAGGCACAUGCCACUACUUUGCUAACAAACAAAGCUUCUGGCUAACUUCUGUGGAUCAGUCGUUCCACACCCAGCCGGCAGCAGAGACGCUCAAAGAAGGCCAGCUCCUGUCUCGCAUCAGCCGUUGCCAGGUCUGCAUGAAGAACUUAUGAGCAACCAGAGAGAAGCAGUUCCAUCAAAAUUCUCACUUAGGUCAACACGAAUAGGAGUUUUUCUUCUUGAGCCACAGUGCUCGGAUAUGCAGUGACUGCAACGCCUUGAGCUUCACGUUGUAAAUAAACAGGAGGAACCUUCUAAUGAAAACAGUUAUUUUUGUGUUAAAUUUGGUGCUUCCUUUUUAACUUAUUACCUCAGCUAUUAUUCUAACGUUAACCAUCAGAGACUCUAAACUACAGCUGAACCAAAGAUGCACAUUUUCAUGUAUGCACUGCUUUAUUAGAACCACGUUGUCAUGGUUAUGGGUAUACAACCCAACAUGAAGUCACUAACAUGCCUCUCAGCCAGCUAAAGAUUACAUUAGAGGUAUAUUGUUAUCCUUUGUUUCUGACACUUUUACAAAGCCUAUUUAUAUCAACUUACAGUAAAGUCUUCUUACGCAUUUAUCAACUACUGCUAAACAUCUUUAGUUUCUAUUUGUUCACACGAUGCACUGAUUCUGUUUUUAUCUGACUGAACUUGACCCACUAUGAGUUUUAAAUGUAAAUCUUAUCUUACAUUAGCCACGUCAUGCUCAUUUUCAUCUACAACCUUUAUUAUUGAGCUGUCCCAAGCCGCCAACAGGACAGAAUGUAAACAAUCAGGAUUAGAGGUCUGACUGCAGCCUGUUCUUGCUCGGUUCUCUGAUCCUGGAUCAGAUUACAGCAUUUUACACAGCUGAGAAAGUAGGUCAAAUGUUCGGCCUCACCUAGGUGCAACAGAUCUGCUUCAACUGUAAUAUAAUUAAAACUUUUCUACGAUUUAUUGAAGUGAAAAGAUUAAACAUGGUUUGUUAUA